ACAACGUCACUUUGAAUGGCUACUCAAACAUAGCCGCUUGACUCGUAGAUCUCAUAACAAAAAUCUCUAUCGCCGGAAACACCGUUCUCUACGGUUUCAAAGGCAAUCUAAAAACAAAAAAUGUCUUCAAAAACAAAAGACGUUGAAGGAGCGAGUCGGCGCGGGUCUAUCCCGGACUCGUCCGCGCCCGGGUCUAAUGGGUCAAAUGGGUCAAGCGGGGAGGUGGACCUGGACCGCAUCCUGGUGGAGGAGCUGGGUCAGUUCGGGAGGUAUCAGCUGCGCACGUUCCUGCUGUGCAUCCUUCUCGUCAUCUUCGUCGCAUUCUCGGCCAGCGAGUAUGUGUUCACCACCUCGAGAAUACGGACCAGAUGCGCGAUCCCAGAGUGCGACACAGCGGACACCCCCUUCGCCCCCUCCUGGAUCCUGAGCGCGGUGAACGGCACCAGCCAGAGCUCCUUCGAGGGGUGCGCCAGGUUCCCCAGGAACACUUCCGCCUUGCUCCCCGACCAAUCCUGCCCCCCUGAGCUGUUUGACCAGACCACCACCGUUGCUUGCGAAGAGAGGGUCUAUGAGAAUACGCACACUGUGGUUUAUGAUUACGACCUUGGCUGCGAGGAAUGGCGGCGCUCUCUCAUCGGCACCAUCCGGACCUUCGGCACCCUGACGGCGCUGCCCAUCACCGGCUACCUGUCUGACAACUUCGGCCGCCGCGUCACGCUCGCGCUCAACGCCUUCAACACCUGCUGGCUCGGGGUUGUCCGCUACUGGGCUGAUACCUACUGGGGGUUCACCAUCUCUGAGUUUGUGGAGUCUACGUUCGGGUCUGGAGGGUUUUCGUGCGCUUAUAUUUUGUUGAUGGAAGUGGUUGGCCCCAAGUACCGCGUGGCGGCGGGCGCGGCCAUGAACACGUGCUUCUCCACGGGGCAGGUCAUCAUGGGGCUCAUCGCCUGGGCCGUGCCCAACUGGAGGACCUUCACCCUCGUCCUCUACCUGCCCAUGAUCGUCACCAUCAGCUACUUCUGGCUCAUGAGCGAGUCCGUCCGCUGGCUCAUGAGCAAGGGACGCUUCGAGGAAUCCGAAGAGGUCCUGAAAACCGUGGCUAGGGUCAACCGGACUACGUUGUCUGAGAAGUCUUUGCAGCAGUUGAGAGCGUCGGCUCUGGCGCAGCAGAAGAGGAGCGAGAUCGAGGCUGAGGAGCGCAGUAAAGAGCCGUGGCUUCCAGUCAUAGUCUUCCGGAACAAGCCCAUCCUGCUGCGAUGCAUCGUGUCUCCGAUCUGGUGGCUGACCUGCAUGUUCGUGUACUACGGACUGUCCAUCAACGCUGUGAACCUGUCCGGGAACCGCUACCUGAACUACAUCGCGGUGUCGUCGGUGGAGAUCCCCGGCUACUGGACGGCGUUCGUCCUGAUGGGCAAGAUCGGCAGGAAGCCGGUCCUUAUUUUUGCUUUCUGGGCGUGUGCGGCUUGCCAAAUUGGAUACAUCUUCUUGCAAGGAGCGGACAGCGGCAUCUCCCUAGCCCUGUACCUGAUCGGCAAGUUCUGCAUCGCGAUGGUGCUGACCUCGGUGUACGUGUACACGGCCGAGCUGUACCCCACCAAGUACCGGCACAGCCUGUUCGCGUUCUCCUCCAUGAUCGGACGAGUUGGCUCCAUGACCGCGCCGCUGACGCCUGCUCUGGGUGCGACAUUCUUCGAGGAGCUCCCGUUCGCCCUAUUCGCCGGUUUCUGCGUGCUGUCGGGCGCGCUCAUGUUCUUCACGCCCGAGACCAUGGGCUGCCGGCUGCCGAACACGCUGCAGGAGGCCAUCGACCUCGGGAAGAAGAAGUAGGAUACUGAUGUGGCUUCAUAGAGGCUGGUUGAGGAUACGGAGGCCGCUUCGUAGCGGCUGAUAAAGCUGCGAUUGUAGGUUUAAAAAGUAGCUAUUGUGACUCUACAAAAAAGACAAGUACCUACAAGAAAAUCAGUGUGUCUGGAACUCAGUGACGGAUACGUAUAUUAGGAGUGAUUUUUUAUAGAUUAACAUUGUAAAUAGGUAGUUUAUUUGUUAGAUGUAGCUUGAUUGAUAUAGGUUACUGUUACUUUAUAGAUAAUUUAUACGUAUCUACAUAGGUACCCUUAAUCGUUGAACUUAAUUUAAGUUAGAUAUGUAUACCUGAGUACUCGUAUUUUAUACAGGGCGUUGCAAACUUAGUAACUAUAGAAGUUAAAAUAUCUACUCUCCAUUGUUUCUAUGGGGAAGUAUAAUUUUAUCUCGGCUUACUAAGCCUUUUUUUACAUCCGAUAAAAUUUAAGUAUCUACCUAGAGCUUAAGACCAGUAAUUAUUAAUUGAGAGACUUUUGUGAUAUCACCUUCAUCAUCAUCAGCUUAUUCAUAUAUUGCCUAGACUAGGGAUAUACUUUUUCCGACAUUUUAGUUUGCAUAGUGGCAUAAGAAUGUUUGAAGUGUUUUGUAAAUUUAAGUUUAGUAUAGGUAGAAAAUUGUAAACAUUAUUAAUACUAAGCUGCCGCUUACAUACUUAUUUGCAUUGUAUAUUACAUGAGUGAAUGAUCAGCAUUUCAUGUCAUAAUUAUUUUAACUGAAUUUAUUAAUAGGUUAAUAAAAAACGUCUCUAUU